AUGAUUGUGCGACAGCUAUUUCCGCGGCAGGGCCGCCAGCUUCUCGGUCUCAACCGCCAGGUCUACAUACCGAGAAGAUUUUCGUCAACAGAGACGCCAACAUCAACACCGGCCGAGACAAUCGCUCGUACUCCGGUUGAAGAAGCCCGUCCUUCGAUUGCCGCUGAAAUCAAAACAAGCAAUUCUGCAGAAUCAAUAACACGCGCUGCGACAGAGACAAGCCGGAUGAAAGCGAAACAACGCGAUCAAUUCCACUCACUCGGUAGUGCUGUCGGUGUUUCCUACAAGCCAGAGGACAUCAUCCGCAACCCCCCUUCACCCUCCGAUAUAACUCUCGAACUCCUCCUCGCCUCCCAAACCCACCUCGGUCACUCAACAUCCCGCUGGAACCCUCAGAACUCACGCUACAUCUUUGGUAUCCGCGAUGGCAUCCACAUCAUAUCCCUUGACGUUACAGCUGCGUACCUACGUCGUGCCGCCAAGGUUGUCGAGGAGGUUGCCGUCCGCGGCGGUCUGAUCCUCUUCGCUGGCACACGACCAGGCCAGAAACGUAUUGUUGUCCGCGCUGCAGAACUAGCCAAAAGCUACCAUCUAUUCGAACGCUGGAUCCCAGGUUCCCUUACAAAUGGCGAACAAAUUCUCGGCCACUGCGAGCAGAAAGUUGUGAACUUGCUCGACCAGGAAGUGUCAGAGCUGCCAGUCGUGGCCGAUCCCACCAAGGACGUGCCGCCGGGAAGUGAUGUCCGUGCGAAUAAAUCCAUUCUCAAACCAGACCUGGUUGUUUGCCUUAAUCCGCUUGAAAACGAGCCUCUGUUGCAUGAAUGUGGACUGAACAAUGUUCCUACCAUUGGAAUCAUUGAUACAGAUGCAGAUGCGACGAAGGUCACGUACCCGAUUCCCGCGAAUGAUGACAGUUUGCGCUCUGUUGGUGUCAUUGCGGGUGUUUUGGGACAAGCUGGACAGGCCGGUCAGAGAAGAAGGAUGGAGAAGGCAAAACGCAAGUUGGAGAACGCUUCUAUGGAAGGGGAAUAG